AUGAGCGACUCUGUGCCGUGCGUGGGUGUCGCCCCGUGCAGCACCGUGACGGACGACGACGGCGCCCCCACCGCUGCCCCGCGCGGGGUGUGCCCCGUGAAGGCGGAGUACCUGCGCUCCGCCCCAGCGCGCGUCACUCUUGACGUGGAGGGACGUACGCGAGGCAUGAACAAAGGCAGCGAGCGACAGCGCUCGUGCGCUGUGGCGGGGACGCAACGUCCCGCAUUUGAGGGAGAGUCUAACUUUUUUCACGGCGAAAUCCUCAGGCGCAUCAAGGCUGUGGUGCGGCAGGGUAACGCGGGGGCAAAGCGCGGUCGCGAUGGAGCAAAGGAGGGGGAGGAGGACAAUAAGCGGCCCCCUGCUGAGGGGGAGGCGCGGGUGGGUGAAGCAGGCACCGCUGCUGCUGCUGAAAAAGGAGUCAACCACGCUGAGAGGGCGGUAGUGCAGCACAUCGACGAGGAUGCGUGUGACGCCACUAAGAAUGGUGACUUCCCACGAAUGGGAGGGAGUGAAGAAAACAUGCGUGAAGGCAGCGCGCGGCGUCGGGUGCUAUUUGAAAACAAACUCGUCCUGGCGCCUCUCACCACCGUUGGAAACCUCCCGUUCCGUCGCAUCUGUAAAGAGUACGGGGCGGAUGUCACAGUGAGCGAGAUGGCGAUUGUACACAACCUCAACCGUCUACAAAAGGCGGAAUGGUCGCUGCUGCGGCGUCACGCUUCGGAGGAUAUUUUUGGUCUGCAGAUUGCCGUAUCCCGCCCGCAGGACGCCCUGACGUGGGCGCAGGCCAUCCAGUCGUCGGGUUAUUCGUACGACUUCAUCGACAUUAACUGUGGUUGUCCCGUCGAGCGGCUUGUGCUUUCGGGCUGUGGUUGUGGGCUCUGGGAGCGGAAGGGCAACCGUCUGCGGGACGUCGUGCACUCGCUGGUGCAGCACCAGUCAAAGCCUGUCAGCAUCAAGUGCCGCAUAGGGCCUGACGAGGAGGCCCCGCUGUUGCACAAACAAAUUGCCGAGUAUGCGGGCUGGGGCGCCGCCGCCGUCACCAUUCACGGUCGUUCGCGGAAACAACGCUACACAAAGCUGGCAAACUGGGCAUACGUUGAAGACUGCGCGACACGGACAACCUUGCCUGUCAUUGGCAAUGGUGACAUCUUCUCCUACGAGGACGUCGUCGACCACCGCGCACGCUCCCCGCACGUCACCUCUUACAUGAUUGGACGUGGCGCGCUCAUCAAGCCGUGGAUUUUUGAGGAAAUAAAGACGAAACAGCCGCGGGACAUUAGUAGUCAUGAGCGCUUUGAAAUGCUACGGCGUUUCUGCGACUACGGUCUCUUACAUUGGGGCUCAGAUGAACGCGGGGUGCUGACAACACGCCGUUUUCUCUGCGAGUGGCUCUCAUUCUUGUACCGUUACGUCCCUGUCGGGUUGCUCGAGCGUUUGCCGCAGCGCAUCAAUGAACGACCACCGUAUUACGAGGGCCGUGACGAGUUGGAGACGCUGAUGGCAAGCGACAACGUGACGGACUGGAUUCGCAUUAGUGAGCUGCUGCUUGGUCCGGCUGGGGACAAGUUCAGGUUCACGCCAAAGCACCGAAGCAGCAGCUAUGCCACCCCCGGCGCGGCAGGCGAAGGGGACAUGCAGGUGGAGGGAUGA